CAAGUUCCACAUUCCUUUGAAGACAGCAGUCUUGCACCGGUCUGACACGCCUCUGAAAAGCCGAAAGAUCGAAGGGAAAGGAAGCAAAAUCCACCGAAACAAACAUAAAAAACAAAGAUCUCAGAGAGCGAAAGCAAAUCAGCGGGAGAGAUCCGAAGGACAAGAUCGCCACCUUCUUCUUAGAAGCGAAAGAAACUUCAAACUUUUUUCUUUGGGGUCACAGUAGUAAUGGCUGGGUACAGAGCUGAGGACGACUACGACUACCUUUUCAAGGUGGUGCUGAUCGGCGACUCCGGCGUUGGCAAGUCCAACUUGCUGUCGAGGUUCACCAGGAACGAGUUCAGCCUCGAGUCUAAGUCCACCAUCGGCGUCGAGUUCGCCACCCGCAGCUUGGAUGUCGACGGCAAAGUCAUCAAGGCUCAGAUUUGGGACACUGCCGGCCAAGAAAGGUACCGGGCAAUAACAAGUGCUUACUAUCGAGGGGCUGUGGGUGCACUGCUUGUGUAUGAUGUCACUCGGAAUUCAACUUUUGAAAGUGUGGAAAGGUGGUUAAAGGAGUUAAGAGACCACACUGAUCCCAACAUUGUCGUCAUGCUUGUUGGUAACAAAUCAGAUCUUCGUCAUCUUGUGGCAGUCUCAACUGAGGACGGAAAAUCCUUUGCCGAGAGGGAGUCUCUCUACUUCAUGGAAACUUCUGCACUCGAAGCGACCAACGUGGAUAACGCAUUUUCUGAAGUCCUCACUCAGAUCUUUCGAGUCGUGAGCAGGAAAGCCAUGGAGUCUGGCAAUGAAGGAGCUGCUUCAGCUGUUCCUCAAGGGGAGAAAAUCGAUGUUGGUAAAGAUGUUUCAGCUGUGAAGAAAGGUGGGUGUUGCUCAACCUAGAGUCCGAAUCUGCACCGGAUGUAGCUGGUUUGUGUUUGCCACAUCUGUUUUUCCCUAUACCGGGGUUGUGUAAAAAAAAAUCUUGGAAAUUCUGCCGGCUUUAGGAGAUAGGAAGGCGGGGUUCGGUGUUUACUUCCAUUGUCAUUAUCAUUAAUUACCCUAAGGCAGAUAUGUUUAGCUGAUCAAGAGGAGCUUGUUUAGUAACAAGAUAUUACAUGUUCUUACUUUUCAUAGGUGUUGAAUGGGGGGUUUACUUUCACCCGAAUUUUUUCGGUAUUCCGAGGUUAUUCUUGAGACUAAUUAAUUGAAAUUGUUUAUUCAACUUC